AGCAGCAUUAGAGAGGUCCCUUAAAUUAAGGGAUUUUUCAGUGGAGUUUGGUUUGAGCUUCUCUGUUGUUUGCAGGAGAACAGAGAAGUCCAGGAUUCACCAAACUGAACCCGAUGCAGAAAGUACCGGUUCUGGUGGACAACGGCUUCAUCCUCACAGAGAGUGACGCCAUCUUGAAGUACCUGGCCAACAAGUACGACGUCCCUGACCACUGGUAUCCACGGCAACCAGAGAAGCGAGCACGAGUGGACGAGUACACCGCCUGGCAUCACAGCAACACACGACCACACGCAGCUAAAGUCUUUAUCCUGGAGGUGUUGCUCCCGACCCAGACCGGCUCUCCGGUGAAUGAGGGGAGUUUGAGUCGUGCUCUGUCUCAGCUGGACGACACUCUGGAUAAAAUGGAGUCCAUGUUUCUCCGCAGACAGCCGUUCCUGUGCGGUGAUGACAUCACUGUGGCUGACCUGCUCGCUGUCUGUGAGCUCAUGCAGCCUCUGGGUGGGGGGAGGGACGUCCUUAAGGACCGCCCUCCGCUGCAGCGAUGGAGGAGCAGAGUCCAGGCCGCCGUCGGAGAGCAUUUUGACCGAGCUCACGCCAUUCUGUACGCCCUGAGAGACCGCCAGCGAGCACGGCUGUGACAUCAGAGUGAUGUCACACAGCUUUAUCUUCUAACAAACGAAAUGUGACAUCAUUGUACUUUACAAACAAGCUAAAAUAAUCAAUGGAUCGGAUUGGUUGGAUCACUAAUAGAUCUGAUUGGUUGGAUCACUAAUAGAUCUGAUUGGUUGGAUCACUAAUAGAUCUGAUUGGUUGGAUCACUAAUAGAGCUGAUUGGUUGGAUCACUAAUAGAUCUGAUUGGUUGGAUCACUAAUAGAUCUGAUUGGUUGGAUCACUAAUAGAGCUGAUUGGUUGGAUCACUACAGAGGCCUUUUUUGUCAUCUGUUCCUUUUUAAGGUUUUAAAUUUCGUCACAUUUAUUAAACAAUAAGAUGAAACUAAGCUUUAAAACACUUGAACUGAAAUAGAUUUUAGAUAAAAACAAAUAAAGUUGUGAUUUAUUUUCUCA